UCGCCGGCGCCGCCUGAGAGCCGCGCCCGGGGCCGGAUGGGCGCUGCGGGCCGGGCUGCCGACCGCCGAGCGGCCGUGACCCCAAAGUGCGCGCUGGGCUCUGUCCUGUGGCAGUCACAGCUGUGUGUGGUCUGUCGCCAGGGAGUGGCAUUCUCGUCUGGUCUCUGCGGUGUGGACGGCUCCACGCGCCUUCCCGGACGACGGCUCUCGCGUGCAUCCUCCAGUGUUUGUUUUGCCAGAAACCCCAGCAGAGCCACAGCUCGUCCAGCGCCGGCCCUGAGCUGAGCGCGGCAGAGAUGGUGAAAAUGACCAAAUCCAAAACAUUCCAGGCCUACCUGCCCACCUGCCACCGCACCUACAGCUGCAUCCACUGCAGGGCCCACCUGGCCAACCACGACGAGCUCAUCUCCAAGUCCUUCCAGGGCAGCCAGGGACGUGCCUACCUCUUCAACUCCGUGGUGAACGUGGGCUGCGGCCCUGCCGAGGAGAGGGUCCUGUUGACGGGGCUGCACGCCGUGGCCGACAUCUACUGCGAGAACUGCAAGACCACGCUGGGCUGGAAAUACGAGCACGCCUUCGAGAGCAGCCAGAAGUACAAGGAAGGCAAGUUCAUCAUCGAGCUGGCUCACAUGAUCAAAGACAACGGGUGGGAGUGAGGGGCCCGUGUCCCUUGUGCUUUUUUGUGAACAAGAUCGUGAAUGUAAUGGAAA